AUGGCACAAACUCACGCUUACUACGAGGAAAUCGACAGUAUACCCGCAUCCGCCGCCAACCAGACCAGCCCGUUCCACAGCGCAUGUUGGUGGAUCAUUCAUCCAGUGACUUGCGUACAAGUACUGGAUUUGAGUACAAGGGUAUUGGUGGAUUUGAAGGUGUGGAUUGAGGAGACCGUGCCGAAUGAGCUGUUUGUUAGGAAGAGUGGGACUAUCAUGGGAUUUAAGGGUGUACGAGAAGAGACGCUGGGAAAUGUCAUGAGUGAGUUGAAAAAGAGGAAAGACAGGGGUGACUUGGAGAGCGAGGAAGGGUAUGUGGGAGGUUGGCAGGCCGUUGGUAGAGACGGGGAGGAGAUGGCUAAGGAAGUGACGGACGAGGAUGACAACGAUAGGUGCGAUGAGCUACAUGUGAGGAAACAGAAGAAGGCAAACAGACUGAGCCGGAACUCCGGUGCGCAGUUGGAAGAAGCUGCUGCUGCCGGGCGAAACGCUGCCGAGGAAGCGAAAGUGAAGAAUGAAUACGAGUAUGUAGUCUAAAAACGACUGCGAGCACAGCAAGUCGGAAAUUGAAAGGUGCAAAGUACUUAAUUUUUCAUGCAGGUUUUCAUUCAAAGGUUAAUAUCUGGCCGCAAGAUCUACGCUAUAUGAUAUGUAAACAUCAGAUGCCAGCCCA